CCGAUGACUGCUGAAGAGUGAAGACGUGUAGACGCGCGAGCUCCCAGUUAGCACGUGGAAACCUAUUCAACUGAAAUUUACGGUAUGCCGAACCUAAGAAGCGGAACCGCACAAAAGGCCAUGGCCGAAACUUCGGGGACACAAACCGACACAUCUAGUGCAUCGGAUGAACUUUCAUCGGACUUUGAAAAUUAUGUCAGAAGGGGCAUAGCAGAUAUCAAAUCUAUGUGUGCAGGUUUUGAGAAAGCUCUGGAUUUCUUAGGUGACAGGACUGAAAAGCUAGAGAAGCGAAUGUCUCCACUAGAGAAGAAAGUUAAGGAAUUAGAGAUUGCUACCCAACAAAACACCCAAGCCCUUGAGAAGUCGGCGCUGGCAGAGAAUAAGCUUGAAAGGUUUUCUCGCAGGAACAAUUUAAGAGUCGUGGGAUUACCGAUGUCUCGCCAGGAGAGAGGGGUGGAGGUGGCUGUAGCUUUCCUUGAGAAAUUCUUUGACAUGCGGUCCCCUCGGGUCGAGAGGGCUCAUCGGGACGGCCGGAAGGUAGGAGAUAAGCCGCGCCAUCUUCUAAUCAGGAUGUUGUCGUACCAGGAUAAGCACUUUGUGCUUUCGCAACAGCGAAAAAAAUUGGAGCAAUACCCUUUCUAUAUCAUCGAUGAUUUGUCAGCUACGGAUAGAGCAGAGAAAAAAAAAUGGCAAAAAGAUGUGCAGGAAUCCUUUAACGCGGGGAAGCGACACUACUUCUCUGCUGGGAAAUGGCGUGAUAGCAACGGUAAUUUGGCUUGGUUCUAUGACAAGCAGCGUGCAACUACCCCACAAGUACAAGCAACACUUGUUGUUGAUGACCACAGCCUCAUCCAACAAGAUGAUGACCAGCAGGUAUAUCCCAACAAAACGAAGCCUUCGACUUCGAGCGCUCGCCAGAUUACAGCGGAGAUUCAUGCUGAGCCAUCCCAAGUUCAGUGAGAGUGAAAAGGAUGACUGAGUAGAAAAAUCAUCACCAUAAAAAUGUGGAUGAAAAUUAUAUAUGGCAUAUGUUGAAACUCGAUGAAUACAUGUGCUGAUUGGGAGUCAAAUGUCAUCGUUAAUAAGAUUUUAUUUUGCCUGUGAGACUGCAUUUUGCUUUCCUUCAUGACAAUUUAUAGGCCUAAAUACUCCAAAGGACAGGCGAGAACACGUUUACCAAGCUACAUUUCGAAAGAUUCGAAUGAAGUCUUUAUGUUAAGCAGUCAUGCUCUAUACAUCUUGAUAUUUCUUUUCCAUAUCAUAUGUGUUAAGUGUGAUAAACAUGAAUAUAAAGAUUUUCUGAUGGAACAGGUUGCUGAGGUUAGUUUAUACAUAGGUUUCAAACAAUUGUCUCCAAUAUUUUUUCAUGGAUAUAUUUGCUCAUUGCAGUUAGUAUGGUUACGUGUAUGUCAGGAUCAAUAUUAUAUCCAACUGUGGCUAUUACAGGCGGCAACAACAGAGAUAUCUCAAUACUAUCUCUUUAAUUUUUACUUCCAAACAAUAUUGGUUCAUGAUGUGAAAUGUUUUUAUUUCAAAGGAAUGGAUAGUAAUACAUGUACUCUAAUUAUUCAUUUAUACCUGGGAUACAGUAGCUUAGUACAAAUGAACUGUACAAGUCAGGUUUCAGAAGGUCAAUUUUUUGUUCAAUAUUUGGAGUUAAAGUCAAGGAAGAUUGAGAAAUCUCACAUCUGCCAUUUCAGAUAUUUUUUAAAGUCAUGGCUCCAAGUAAUGUUGAUAUUACUCUUUCAGAGUCGGGGUUCAAAAUCUCAAUGUCAUGUUCUUUGCUUGGAAUCAGAAACAAAUAUAAUGGAGGAGUUUCAAAUGUACUUUUCAAGGCUUUCAUUGAAGUCAUGCCUUCAAGCAAUAUUCAAAGUUUUUCUUCAAAAUGUGAAUUCUUUAUAUUUUGAAAGGAUUGAGAGUAACAUUUUAUUACAAAAUGUAUACUUAAAAAGGUGUGCUUGUGAAAUUACAACCAGAACAAUACAUUUUUCUAAGUUAUACAGAAAUUUUGAAGUGAACAGUUUGACUCUAGGAAUAACUAUGCACUUUUCUGUACACAACCAUGUUCUAGUAUUUACAAUUGGAAUACGUGUAUCACUACAUUAUGUGAUGAAGUUGAGCUGUAGCCAUUCCCAAUGCACUGGUAUGCCUGCCUGGUUGUUGAACAUUAAAGCUGCCUUUGUUAUGCAUAGUCCUUGUGAAAUUGACAUUCUGAAAUAUUUGGAGCCGCGAAACAUCUGUGUUAACAUGCCUUGCUCCCUUCAAAGGAAUUAUCCAACCACUCUCUUUUAUGAUAGAUUUUGUAUGGGUGUCUUCAUAAUGUUGUCAUUUGUUGACUGUAGCUAUUUACGAGUGAUUCUAUGACUGUGAAAGUAUUAUCUUUUAACUGUCGUGGACUAGGAAAUGUUAUGAAACGAAGAGACAUCCUUGCAUAUAUAAAAUCUAAAAGAGCACAGAUAUAUUGUUUACAAGAUACUCAUUUUGUUCCUGAAAUAUGUCUUUCAGUGAAGAGGGAGUGGUUGGGUAAAUGUUAUUUCUCCUGUAACAAUUCUCGCUCGAGAGGAGUAGCUGUUAUGUUUGACACAAAUUUUGUUGUAGAAGUAAAAAAAGAAAAAAUAGAUGAUAAAGGUAAUUUUAUUAUACUGAGCCUUUGUAUUGGAACGUUGCAAGUAACAUUAAUUUCAUUAUAUGGUCCAAAUGACGAUACUCCUGGUUUUUUUGAUGAUCUUAAAAGAUAUACCAUUGAGUUUGAUGACCCGCACAUAAUAAUUUGUGGGGAUUGGAAUCUGGUGCAAGAUUUUGAUCUGGAUACUUUGAAUUACAUUAGAUUGAACAACAAAGAAGCAAGGAAGAAGGUGAUAGAAUUAAAAAAUGAUUUGGAUUUGGUAGAUGUUUGGCGUGAACAUAAUGUAGGGAUUCGAAGUUAUACAUGGAGACAGCCUACUCCAUUAAAACAGAGUAGACUUGAUUAUUUUUUGGUUUCCUCGGAUCUCUUUUCUUUAAUCACAAAAACAGAACAUCUGUUUGGAUAUAAAUCUGAUCAUUCUAUAAUCAGCUUAGAAUUUGAAUUAGAUAAAUACCAAAAAUGUUUUACUUAUUGGAAAUUUAACAAUGUUUUCUUGAAAGAUGAGGAAUAUGUGGACAUUAUUAAAAGAAAGAUAAGAGAAGUAGUAUUACAAUAUGCAGAAGAAGAAUCUAUUCAAGGUAAAGAAUAUGAAGAGAUGAGAAAGGAAGAUAUUAUGUUUUCUAUCAAUGAACAGUUGUUUUUUGAUACUCUUCUCAUGGAAUUGAGAAGUUCUACUAUUCUAUAUUCGUUGAGAAGAAAAAGAGAAAAUAAGGAAGAAAAAAACAAAAUUGAGAAGGAAAUUUUUAAAUUAGAAACCAAUAUGAUAUCAGAGGAAAGAACUUCAACUAUUGAAAAGAUACGUAUUUUGAAAGAACAAUUAGAAAGCAUUAUUGAAAAUGAGCAGCAAAAUUCGAUUAAGUAUAGCAGGAUACAAGAAAUGCAAUUUGGAGAAAAGCCUUCAAAAUAUUUUUUGAAUUUAGAAAAACAGAGAUCAGUGGAAAAGACAAUUAUAAGAUUGAUUGAUAAAAACAACUGUUUAAUUGAUCAACAAGAGGAUAUUUUACAAGAAGUAUAUCUUUAUUUUAAGGAUUUGUAUACAUUUCAACCAGUAUCAGAGGCCGAAAGAUUGUUUGCUAUGAUUCCUUUGAAUAAAGUAAGGACAUUUACACCACAAGAAAGUGACGUUUUAGAAGGGGAUAUAUGUUAUUCAGAAAUACUUGAUGCAGUUAAACAGAUUAAAAUUGGUAAAGCGCCCGGUCAAGACGGCUUUACAGCAGAAUUUUUUAAGUAUUUUAUUAAUGAUAUAGGAAUUUAUUUGUGGCGAAGUGUCAAAAAUGCUUAUUUGACUGGUGAAUUAUCUCCUUCACAAAACUUGGGUCUUAUAACUUUAAUCCCUAAAGGUAAUAAGCCCCGUCAUUUUAUUAAAAAUUGGAGACCGAUAUCUCUUCUUAAUGUUGUAUACAAAAUUUUAUCUACAUGUCUUGCAAAUAGGUUACGAAAGGUAUUAUCAGUAGUCAUUCACACAGAUCAGAAAGGAUUUUUACCUGGUCGUUUUAUUGGGGAAAAUAUUAGAAUAAUAUACGAUAUCAUUGCUUUAGCGGAAAAGCAAAAUUUACCUUGUACUUUAAUGCUAUUAGAUUUUGAAAAGGCGUUCGAUAGUAUUUCCCAUGAAUUCAUUCAAAAGGUUCUUUCGUUUUUUGGGGUGGGUCCGUCAUUUCAGAGAUGGGUGGAUGUUUUGCACAGUAAUGCUUACUCAAGCGUUAUUGUUAAUUCUCAAUUGUCACACAGAUUUAAUAUCCAAAGGGGCUGUAAACAAGGGGAUCCAAUUUCUCCUUACCUUUUCAUUAUGUGUGUGGAAAUUCUUGCAUUGUGGAUAAGAAAUUCAAACCAGUUUGAGGGAAUCAGCGUAAACAAAAGAGAAUUCAAAAUACUUCAAUAUGCCGAUGAUACGGCUUUAUUUAUUUCUGGCUCAAAUAAGUCUUUUCAAAAAGUGUUGGAGAUGAUUUCUUUUUUUACUCAAUUUACUGGACUUAAACUCAAUUCACAAAAGACACAAAUUAUUUUUUUGGGUAGCCUGAAAAAGACAAGUUUAGACAUUGAAUUAGAAGUAAACUUGAUAAAGGAUACUUAUUUUCGCUAUCUUGGUACAGAUUUUCAUGUGAAUAUUAACAAGAUCCCCGAUUUCAAUUACGAUAGGAUUUUUGAUAAAUUGAAAAGACAGAUGAUUUCAUGGUCGAAGAGAAAUAUUACACCUUUGGGUAGAAUUACAGUGGCUAAAUCCCUUUUAUUGCCUCAAUUCAAUCACCUUUUUCUUUCAAUCCCCAGUCCAUCGGCUCAACUAAUGAAAAAUAUUAAAGUUAAAUUUUUUCAAUUUGUAUGGAAUGGAAAACCAGACAAAAUUAGUAGGGAACAAAUACUUGGUUCAUACUUAGAAGGGGGAUUGAAAAUGAUAGAUAUAGAUUGUUUUAAUAAAGCAUUAAAAUUGACAUGGUUGAGAAGAAUUCUAUUGAGAAAAUGUGAUGACGUAGAAAGUCUAUUAGGAUUUUCUUUAGGACAGCCUUUCCAUCUGUUUUAUGGAGAUGAAUAUUUUUAUAACAUAUCGGAAAAGAUUAGUAAUCCAUUUUGGAAAGAGUUUUUUGCCAUGCUAUUUUCGAUAUUUCAAAAAUCUGAAAAUAUCAAUUGGUUAGCGCAACCUUUAUGGAAAAAUAGUAAAAUACAAAUAGAUGGGAAGUCUGUUUAUUUUAAAUACUGGCAAGAAAAGGGUAUAAGAUUUAUUAAUGAUUUAAUAGAUCGAGAAGGAAAUAUUAUAUCUUUAACUGAAUGUGAAUCUAAGUUUGGCUUAAAAGUCAAUGUUUUGGAAUAUUUUUCAAUUUCUCAGGCUCUGAGAUGUGUGUUUAAUCGAAAAUUUCAAAAUCUAGACCAUAGAAUAUGUGAACCAUUUGUUAUGCCUUAUAUUUCUCCUAUAAUGAGUGAUAAAAAGGGGUGUAAAAGUAUUUACAAACUUUUGAUAGGAAAUAAAGAUUCAGCUAAAACUAUUGCAGCAAAAUGGGGAAAAAAUUCAAAUAUUCUUUUGGAUCACACUAAAAUACCAGAAUUUAAUAGGAUGAUUUUCAGAUUUACAACUGACAUUCGGAUAAAGUAUUUCCAAUACAAAGUUUUCAAUAGAAUUGUGUUUUUAAAUGAUAUUUUAUUCAAACUAAAGAUCACCAAUACUGAGUGCUGUACAUUUUGUUAUACUGUAAAGGAAACAAUUGAACACUUCUUUUACUUCUGUAAUUUUAGUAGAAAUAUUUGGAGUAAAAUAGAAACGUGGAUAUCAUCUCCUACGUUUAUUCUUAAAUUUACUCCACAGAAUAUUUUGUUUGGAUAUAAAGAAAAGCGAAAUGAUGCCCUGAAUUGUAUUAUCAUUUUAGUAAAACAACAAUUAUAUUUCUCGAGGUUGAACAAGACUGUACCUGAUUUUAAGAAGAUUAAGAAGGUAAUACAAACUUAUUAUUUAGAUGAAUGUUACAUUCAUGAUCUGAAUGGAAAAAGGAAAGUUUUUGAUUUGAAAUGGAGUAUGUUGAAACAUUUGUUUGAAUAAUGUUAUAAUUUGACUUCUGUAAACGUGUUCUUUUUUUGUAAAUAAACUUGCCCAUUGGGGCAAAAGUAUGAAAAAAAAAAAGAUGGGUUAACCCAGUUCAGACCCAUCUGCUACCUAUAUAAUAUGGGAUAACCCAAAUUAGUAACCAUCUGAUAUUCAUAUGGAAAUUUCAAUAUCAAACCGAGAUGGGUUACCCCAGUUGAUACACAUAUGGGAAUUCCAAUACCAUAUCCAGGGAUACCCAGAUGGGUAAACCAUUUUCAUUUUACAUUUUCAGUUCUAUCCGCUACCCAUAUGGGUACAGUAUUCUAACAUGGGUGAACCCAUUUAAUAUGAAUCCCAGUUGGGUUACCCUAGUUGAUACCCAUCUGAUACCCUUAUCGGCUUAUGGGAAUUUCAAUAUCAUAACAAGAUGGGUUAGUCAAGUUUUUACCCAUCUGUUAAUGGGAAUUCUAACCUCAUACACAGAUGGGUUAAACCAAUCCACUCCCAUCUCAUACCCCAAUGGGAAUUUCAAUAUCAUACCCAGACGGGAUAGUCCAGUUUUUACCCAUCUGAUACCCGUGUGGGAAUUUCAAUAUUACACUCAGAUGGGUUGACCCAGUUCAUUCCCAUCUGAUACCCUAAUGGGAAUUUCAAUAUCAUACCCAGAUGGGUUAACCCAGUCGAUUCCCAUCUCAUACCCGUAUAGGAAUUCCGAUAUCAUACCCAGAUGGGUUAGUCCAGUUUUUACCCAUCUGAUACCCUAAUGGGAAUUUCAAUAUCAUACCCAAAUGGGUUGACCCAGUUCAUUCCCAUCUGAUACCCUAAUGGGAAUUUCAAUACCAUACCCAGAUGGGAUAAUCCAGUUUUUACCAAUCUGAUACCCUUAUGGGAAUUCCAAUAUCAUACCCAAAUGGGUUAGUCCAAUUUUACCCAUCUUAUACCUAAUGGGAAUUUCAAUAUCAUACCAACAUGGGUUAAUCCAGUUUUUACCUAUCUGAUGCCCUAAUGAGAAUUCCACUAUCAUACCCAAAUGGGUUAGUCGAGUUUUUACCCAUCUGAUACCCGUAUGGGAAUUCCAAUAUCAUACCCAGAUGGGGUAACCCAGUUCAUUCCCAUCUUAAACCCGUAUGGGAAUUCCGAUAUCAUACCCAGAUGGGUUAGUCCAGUUUUUACCCAUCUGAUACCCUAAUGGGAAUUUCAAUAUCAUACCAAAAUGGGUUGACCCAGUUCAUUCCCAUCUGAUACCCUAAUGGGAAUUUCAAUACCAUACCCAGAUGGGAUAAUCCAGUUUUUACCUACCUGAUACCCUAAUGGGAAUUCCAAUAUCAUACCCAGAAAGGUUGACCCAGUUCAUACCCAUCUGAUACCCUAAUGGGAAUUCCAAUACCAUACCCAGGUGGGUUAAUUCAAUUUUUACCGAUCUGAUGCCCUAAUGAGAAUUCCAUUAUCAUACCCAGAUGGAUAAGUCCAAUUUGACCCAUCUGAUACCCUAAUGGGAAUUUCAAUACAUACCCAGAUGGGGUAACCCAGUUCAUUCCCAUCUUAAACCCGUAUGGGAAUUCCAAUAUCAUACCGAGAUGAGUAAGUCCAAUUUGACCCAUCUGAUACCCUAAUGGGAAUUCAAAUAUCAUACCCAGAUGGGUUAGUCCACUUCUUACCCAUCUGAUACCCUAAUGGGAAUUCCAAUAUUAUACCCAGACAAGUUGACCCAGUUCAUACCCAUCUCAUAACCGUAUGGAAAUUUCAAUAUCGUACCCAGAUGGGUUAGUCCAGUUUGUACCCAUCUGAUACCCUAAUGGGAAUUUCAAUAUCAUACCCAGAUGGGUAAGUCCAGUUUUUACCCAUCUGAUACCCUAAUGGAAAUUCCAAUAUCAUACCCAGAUAGGUUGACCCAGUUCAUACCCAUCUCAUACCCUAAUGGAAAUUCCAAUACCAUACCCAGAUGGGUUAAUCCAGUUUUUACCCAUCUAUUACCCUUAUGGGAGUUUCAAAACCAUACCCAGAUGGGUAAACCCAGUCCAUUGCCAUCUCAAACCCCAAUGUGAAUUCCAAUAUCAGACCCAAAUUGGUUAACCCUGUCCAUUCCCAUCGGAUACCCUAAUGGAAAUUCCAAUAUCAUACCCAGAUAGGUUGUCUCAGUUCAUAACCAUCUCAUAACCAUAUGGGAAUUCCAAUAUCAUACCAAGAUGGGUUAGUCCAGUUUUUACCCAUCUGAUACCCUAAUGGGAAUUCCAAUAUCAUACCCAGAUGGGUUAAUCCAGUGUUUACCCAUCUGAUACCCUAAUGGGAAUUUCAAUAUCAUACCCAGAUGGGUUAGUCCAGUUUGUACCCAUCUGAUACCCUAAUGGGAAUUUCAAUAUCAUACCCAGAUGGGUUAACCCAGUUUUUACCCAUCUGAUAUCCUAAUGGGAAUUCCAAUGUCAUACCCAGUUGGGUUAAUCCAGUGUUUACCCAUCUGAUACCCUAAUGGGAAUUCCAAUAUCAUACCAAGAUGGGUUACUCCAGUUUUUACCCAUCUGAUACCCUAAUGAGAAUUCCACUAUCAUACCCAAAUGGGUUAGUCGAGUUUUUACCCAUCUGAUACCCGUAUGGGAAUUCCAAUAUCAUACCCAGAUGGGUUAACCCAGUCCAUUCCCAUCUUAUACCCGUAUGGGAAUUUCAAUACUGGUUUCAUUGUAGCCCCUUUCCCCCUUUGGCUGCUAUUACUCAAGCAUGUAUUUUGCUUAUAUAGUUUGUCACUGCAUUUGUUUUUUACUACUUUGUCUUAUACUUAAAUUGUAUUCAUGUCUAAAUUUUGUUAUGACACUACUAUAAAUUUGUCACAUUACAAUGUACUUUCAUGUCAUACUACGAUUAUGUUUAUGUAUUGUAAAUUUAUUUUGACUUUACAAUAAAUGCAGAAACUCCUGCAAAAAAAAAAAUCAUACCCAGAUGGGUAUGAUCUGGGUUCCCAUACUAUGGUAAUUCCAACAUCAUGGGCUAUUCAAGUUCAAACCCAUCCGCUACCAACUUUUAUUUCAAUAUGGGUGAUACCCAUUUGAUACCCAUAUGGGAAUUUCGAUAUCACACCAAAACGGAUUAGACCAGAGCACACCCAUCUAAUACCCAUAUGGGAAUUUUAAUGUCAUACUCAUUUGGGUUAACCCAGUUAAUACCCAUCUGAUACCUGUAUUGGUUUUUCAAUAUCUUACCCAGAUGGGUUAACCCAGUUCAUAACCAUAUGGGAAUACUAUUAUCAAAUCCAGAUCGGUUAACCUAGUUGAUACCCAUCUGCUAGCCAUAUGGGAAUUCCAGUAUCUUACUGAGAUGGGUUAUUCCAAUUCAUACCCAUCUGAUACACAUAAUUAUGAGUGAUCCCAUAUAGGGCCCCUGAAGGGAUCCAUAUCGGAUUACCCAUUGCCCAGAUAUCCAAGAUGGCCCACAUCAUUCCCGGAAGGACCCUAGGAAAGUAAGAAAAAUAAAUUGCCCAAUGUUGACAAGGUAGCACAAAUGAGAUCCAAAUAUACACAUAUCUCAUAAAACAGCACAUAAUUGCCUUUUUUUUAUUUAAAGAAAGAGAGUCCUGCACUAGGUAUUACAUUGGUGGCUAAAUUCCAUCUUUUAUGACCUUAAUUGACCUUUAAAUGACCUGGCCGUGUAACAAAGGCUAUUAUGAUCCACAUGUCACUUACAUUUGACUCUUUAUUAGCUUUAAUUUGAUACCAAACAUAUGUUUAUUCCGAAAAAUAAGAAAGUCAUGAUUAGGAGGGUUGUGACAUAGUGGCCGUGGCUUAUGAUGUUAAUGAAAA